GCAAUUAUCUUCUUCAGGUCCUGCCUAGCCUGAGAACUAUGCCAGUUCAUGGUCAUGAUCCUACCAACCAUUCAUCUUCCUCUCUUCCUGUUGCUGGUGAUGGACAUGGGGGGCACUAUGCCCAGUGCCUGGGCACCUCCCCGAGGCUGCUAUGUGGCAGAGGAAGCUGGUGAGCGUACAUUCCGUUGUAGCCAGGCUGGCCUGGUUGCUGUGCCUCAAGGUAUCCCAAAUGAUACCCGUAAACUCUACCUAGAUGCCAAUAGGCUGGCAUCUGUGCCUGCUGGUGCCUUCCAGCAUCUUCCUGCCCUGGCUGAGCUAGACCUGUCAAAUAAUGUCCUCAUCCGCCUCUCUGAUGCUGCCUUCCAGGGUCUAGGAAAUACCCUGAGAUACCUGGAUCUCUCUGCCAAUCAGCUGACAUCUGUGCCUGCUGAGGCCUUUAGGGAAUUACAGAUCCAAGUGAACCUGUCUGCCAAUCCAUGGCGUUGUGACUGUGCCCUUCAGGAGGUGCUGAGAUGGGUGAGGUUGGCACCAGGUACCGGGGCAGGCAUCAUCUGUGGACCAAGUGCCCGGCCAGAGCUGGUGGGACAGGAGUUUCUGUCCCUGAUAGAGGAGGCAGAAAUGUGUGGGCCGGGGAGAGGUGGGGCACGGCGAGGCACAGAUGCUGCCCUGCUGGUCACCAUGGGAGGCUGGCUGGCACUUGUGGUAGCCUAUCUUGCUCACUAUGUACGGAGGAAUCAGGAAGAGGCCCGUCGCCCACCCAAACUGGCCCCUACCCUGCCAGCCCGCUCUGAGGAUUCAUCCAUGCUCAGCACUGUUAUUUGAUACUCCCAUCAUUCCCUGCCCUAUCACUCCUGAACAUCUUCUCAUCUACUGUUUCUGUGGCCACCUUAUCCCAUCCUCUCCACCGUAGACCUCUUACAGCCCUAAUGCUGCUGCUCCAUCUCCCUCUGUCUCUCACAUCUCUACUAUUUAUUUAUUUAUUUAUUUAUUUGUUUGUUUGUUUGUUUGUUUAUUUAUUUUUUAAACCCUUACCUUCCAUCUUGGAAUCAAUAUUCCAAGGCAGAAGAGCAAUAAGUAAUGAGGGUUAAGUGACUUGCCCAGGGUCACACAGCUGGGAAGUGUCUGAGGUCUCAUUUUGAACCCAGGACCUCCUGUCUCUAGACCUGGCUCUCAAUCCACUGAGCCACCCAGCCGCCCCCAUAUCUCUACUAUUUAAACUUCUUCUCUGUCCCCUCUUGGUCAACUCUUCCUUCCUUAAUUAUUUCCUUUGUGCCCUCUGUCUCAGCCUUUCUCCUCUCACAGUUUGCUAUACAUUAAUCACCCCUAUCCCAGUCUCAUGUCUCAAGGUUUUCCCUUCUUUAGUUCACCUUUUCUCCUCCUCCAGCCAGCCCGUAUCUAACCAUGUUCCCCUGCAGAAUCCCCACUUCUCUGUCUUAGCUCUUAUACACAGGGCCUCUCCCCUCAGUGUGACCUUCUUGUUGAAUGAGAAAUCCCACUGUGCUUCAGACUGGGAGAAGGAGGUAGAGGUAGGGGAAGAUGAGGGCAUGUGGUCUGAUAAGCGUCCCCUCAUCCCCAUCCCUCGUGGAUCAGAAAACGUUCAAUAAAGAUACAGUUUAUAGCUUCUCAAACACCUUGCCCAUAAUUCCUUGCUAGGUAGGGCGGGUAGGCUUGGCUUCCAGUCUCCCAGGUAACUUCACCUCCACCCCUGGGGCCUCCAUGCUGGACUUGGUCCCUGUCUCCUCCUUCCCUCCUACCCUCUAGCUCCUGACACCAGAGUAUAUUUGAGCAGGGACACAGGAAACCUGAACUGAGCUGUGAAUUAGUCAUGAUAUACUAGAGGAUCUUGGGGGAUGGGAAAUGAGAAGGUAUGGCUACAUAUUGGUCAGUAGGAUGAGAUUGGCAAUUGGCAUUAUGUUUUUUCUGCCUACCGCCUCACAUCAUCCUUUUAGCAACCUGGGUCCAUCCAGUCUCCCCAUUACCAAGGAGAAGAGAGGAGGCAUCAGAGAAAGGACCAACAUUCUUUAUCUUCCCCCACAGGAAGUUAAGGGGGGGGGGAGGGAGUUGGUCCCUGAAUUGAAAUCUGCUUAGAUUUUAGCAGAAGUUUCAGGAAGAUCAUAAGCAGAUUUGGCUGCCAAUGAGCCGAGAUGACCCUUGCAGCAUGUUGGGGACAUUUCAGGAUGCUAAUUCCUUUCCCUCUGCACCCAUAAAGGUUACAAGCCCCAAAUUGUCCCUAAGAGAGAAAGGGCUGUCUCUGGGUGGCAUGUAAGUGUCAAUAACAGAAACUGGAGAUAAGGACCAUCUUCUCAGUGUCUCCACCCUACUUAGAAUGCAGACCCAUGGGUAGAGUCAAGGAGUGGGAGUGUAAAAUCUGGUUCCUCCCUUCAUUUCCCUUUCCUAUCACUUAAUUUCUACCCACUCUCAUCCAUACCUGAUCCUUCUGAUGUCUCCUCCUACAUUUCUCUUUUUUUGCCUUUCUACUCUCCCAAAAAAAAAAAUCAUACUCAAUAUUUUAGUUGAAUGGGCUCUGUAUUUAUAACUCUUAAGCUCUCCUGAUGUCUUCUAAACUGUUUUUCCUAAGAAGGGAUUGAAAUCUUUUUUUCUCCCCUUCCCCUUUCCCUGGGAAAUAGCAGAAAUCUAAUGACCUAUUCCUCACAUAAAUGCCAGAGCUCUGGCAUUCUCUCAGCUUACAAACUAACAGCACCCAUGA